AUGGACAUGCCUACCAUUGAUGUGGACCUUGGGCCAGAGAAGUUAGAAGAUGAAAAGCAAGCAGGUCCAUUGUUGCAUUGUGAUCUUUGUGAUACAGAAGUGAUUCAUAAGUUGGCACAAAUGUUCCUUCCAGGUCUAGCUAGUGCUUGUGUUGAUAACACAUCAGGAGAUCUUUUUAAGACAGCAGGUUCGAUAGCUGUUGAUAUAAGGAAGGAGAUGAUAGAGUAUCUUACCCAAAGAAGUGAAUCGUUUGUUGCAGAGUCUGUUAUAUUAGAAGGUGGUCCAGACGGUGAAGUUUCAGACCAUCCUUAUGAUAUAAUUUCUAACCUAGUUGAUGACUUUGCAAGUUCAAAGAGGAAUUUGUUUAGUAGGGUUUCUGGAUGGCUACUGAGUGAAAAGAGGGAAGAUAAUAUAGAAGAUUUUGUUCAAGAGAUGGAAGUGAAUGGGUUUUGGACACUCGAGCGGAGGGAAAAAAUUGCAGAAACUUUGUUAAAAAAUGUUGACUUUGAAAACUCAUAUCAUUGCAGCAUGAGUUUUAAUUCUGCAGAAGAUCUUGCCAAUCACCUAGAUGAUUGCAACUUUAGAUCUAUAAUAUGUGAAAAUGAGGGGUGUAAUUCUAGGUUUUGUGCAUCUCAUUUGAAGGAUCAUGAUUCGACUUGUCCUUUCAAGAUAAUUCCAUGCGAACAGAAGUGUCCUGCAAACAUCAUGAGACGUGAGAUGGACCGACAUUGUAUAACUGUUUGUCCGAUGAAGCUUGUAAAUUGUCCUUUUUAUGCUAUCGGUUGUCGAUCAGCCGUUGCACAAUGUAUGAUUGAAAAACAUCGUUCGGAUGAUAUUAAUUCUCACUUGUGGCACUUCCUUAAAGGGAUUUACAAAGAAGCAUCUGGAGAUGAUCUCACUCGACGAGUGGAAGAAAUUAUACAGGCAUCGCCAAACAAUCGUUUAACAGAGGCUCGAGAUGCAAGAUCUUUGAGCUUUGUUGUCAAGGAUAUUGAAGCUAAGCUAGAACCUUUCAAAGUAACUGUUGUGGAUAAAAGUAAUGAAAAGACCGAAGACAAGAAUGGUGAAGAAGAAGGCGGGGAAAAUAAUACGAACAAUAGUGAAAGAAGCAUAGAUACUUCAGAUAUGUCCAAUUCAUCAGAUAAAGUUGAAGUGAGUGAUACACAAAAUGCAUCAGAUAAAGUUGAAGUGAGUAAUACACAAAAUGCAUCAAAUAAAAUUGAAGUGAGUGAUACACAAAAUGCAUCAGAUAAAGUUGAAGUGAGUGAUACAAAUAAUGCAUCAGAUAAAGUUGAAGUGAGUGAUACAAAUAAUGCAUCAGAUAAAGUUGAGGUGACUGAUACACAGAAUGCACCAGAUAAAGUUGAAGUGAGUGAUACAAAGAAUGCAUCAGAUAAAGUUGAAGUGAGUGAUACACAAAAUACAACACAAAAUGAAGAUAAUAAGCCUAGUUAUGUUGAAAAUGAAGAUCACGAAGAAAGGACACAAACUUCAAAUAUGAUUAAUGUAUCUGAUACUACUAAAACUGACCUCUUGGAUGACAAUAAUAAAGAUGUUGCAACUACCAAAUUAACAACUAAGGCAGAUGAUGAAGAGAGCUCUCAAACACUCAACACAAAUAUAUCCAAUGAGGAAGUUGGUGUAAAAAAUGAGGACGGUGCAGAGAAUAACACUAUAAGCAAAUCCAUUGAAGACAAUGAGCAAAUAUUAAACGAAGAUAGUAAAUUCGAAGAUAAGGACGAUGAUCAAAAUAUACAUAAUUCAAAAAUAGAGAUCAAGGGUGGUGCAGAGAAUAAUAUCAAGAACAAAGAUACUGAAGAUGACAACUAAAGCAAUACACAAAAACUUCAAAUGUGCAAAGCUUAUGAGAUAUAAUUGCAAUGGUAUAAGAUAUAUCAUUAAUGGUAAUAUAUGUAAAGGAGCAAUAGAAAGAGAACCUUUAUUCAAAUUUUCAAUAAUGUACUUUU